UGCGCUGCGCCGCCUCGAGCGGUCAUGGGCGCUGCGGUCCCCGCUGUCCAUCCGCGGCGGGCGAGGCACGGAAGCCGGCUGAGUGGCGGCCUGCCCCUGCGCCCGCCCGCGUGAGGGGGAGCUGGGGAGCGACGGGGAUUGAGGAAGGAGGAGAGCUCGGUUUUCUUUUGAGCCGUGUAUCCUUCCGCUCAGCGGGCACAAGAGGCUGGAGCUGCGGUGUCCCUCCGCCGCCGGCAGCGCAGGGGCAGGCGGCGCCUCUCCGGAGGGGGGCGAGGAGGUCGCGGCUUCGCGGGAGAGAGAGGAAGAAACUUAAGAGCGCCGUGGCUGGAGCGACGGAGCGCCCGGCUCAGAAGCCCAGCGGAAAGAGGCCUUGGACAGCGAAAGAGAAGCACGAACAGGAGGAGGAAGCGGCGGCGGCCGCCACCGGCCCCUCAUCGCCGCCCCGCGGGGUCCCUGCGAGGGAGCUCGGGGGACUCUUUUUCGCGGGGUCCGGCGGAAGGAUCUCACGGCGGCUCUCUCCAUCGCCUCCCCCCUGCACCGCUCGCCCCUCGGCGCCGCCAUCUUGGAUUUUAAUCCGCCAUUUUUUUUCUCCCCCCACUCGGAAUUAUUUUUGACCAUUACCUCCGUGCAUUUUUUUUUUCCUUUCCUCUCUCUAUUUUUUCCUUUAUUUUUUCCUCUCCCGGUUUUCUCUUUUCUCUCCUCAUCAUCUUUAUUUUUUUUUUUGUGUUUGUUUUUCUUUAAAUUUCCGCCCCCCCCCGUUGCUCCUUUGCUUUGGAUGAGCCAUUUCUCACGGAAAAUGCUGGGGUAGCACCGGCGGCGGCGCGGAGGCGACCUGAGUAGGUAUUGGAGCCGAAAUUAUUCAUCCACUUCUCCGAGCCUUUUGAAAAGUGACUAAAUGCAACUGGGUCAGGUUGUCUGUGGGCAUGAAGUGGUUGGGAGAAUCCAAGAACAUGGUGGUGAAUGGCAGGAGGAGUGGAAGCAGGGCGUCUAAUGACCACGUGCAGAGUCAAACCAAAUUGCAGCACACAGGAAAGGAGAAUCCCAGGUCUGGCAAAAAUGGAGUUGAGAGAAGAUCGAGCAGAUGUAGUGGUGCUUCGGGAUUUGAGGGUCAGAGUCGUUACGUGCCUUCCUCUGGAAUGUCGGCCAAGGAACUGUGUGAAAACGAUGACCUAGCAACUAGUUUGGUUCUUGAUCCUUACUUAGGUUUUCAGACACACAAAAUGAAUACUAGAUUUCGACCUAUAAAAGGAAGGCAAGAAGAACUAAAAGAGGUGAUCGAACGUUUUAAGAAAGAUGAGCACUUAGAAAAAGCCUUCAAGUCCUUGACGUCAGGUGACUGGGCCCGGCACUAUUUUCUUAACAAGAACAAAAUGCAGGAAAGGUUGUUCAAAGAACAUGUAUUUAUUUAUUUACGGAUGUUUGCAACUGACAGUGGGUUUGAGAUACUGCCUUGUAAUCGGUAUUCAUCUGAGCAGAAUGGAGCCAAAAUAGUUGCAACGAAAGAAUGGAAGCGGAAUGAUAAGAUAGAACUACUUGUUGGGUGUAUUGCUGAGCUAUCAGAAAUGGAAGAAAACAUGCUGCUGAGACAUGGGGAAAAUGACUUCAGUGUAAUGUAUUCCACGAGGAAAAACUGUGCACAACUGUGGCUUGGUCCUGCUGCGUUUAUCAAUCACGAUUGCAGACCUAACUGUAAGUUUGUGUCAACUGGCAGAGAUACAGCAUGUGUGAAAGCUCUGAGAGAUAUUGAACCUGGAGAAGAAAUCUCUUGUUACUAUGGAGAUGGCUUUUUUGGAGAAAAUAAUGAAUACUGCGAAUGUUACACCUGUGAAAGGCGUGGAACUGGUGCUUUUAAAUCAAGAGUGGGAUUGCCAGCCCCUACUCCUGUGAUUAAUAGCAAAUAUGGACUGAGAGAAACAGAUAAGCGAUUGAACAGACUCAAAAAGCUGGGUGACAGCAGCAAAAACUCAGACAGCCAGUCCGUCAGCUCUAACACUGAUGCAGAUACCACUCAGGAAAAAGCUAAUGCAACUAACAGAAAAUCUUCAAUUGGUGUGAAAAAGAAUGGCAAAAACAGAACAUUAACAAGACAGUCUAUAUCAAGAAUUCCAGCAUCAUCAAACUCUACCUCAUCUAAACUAACUCAUAUAAAUAAUUCCAGGGUACCAAAGAGACUGAAAAAGCCUGCAAAGCCUUUACUUUCAAAGAUUAAGCAGAGAAAUCAGUGCAAAAGGCUGGAGCAAAAGAAUGCUUCUAAAAAGCUCGAAAUGGGAAAUUUAGUUCUCAAAGAGCCUAAAGUAGUUUUGUACAAAAGCUUGCCCAUUAAAAAGGAUAAGGAAUUAGAGGGACCAGUCAAAGUUGCAGUCUCUAGUGGAUGCUUAACAAGGCACGCAGCAAGAGAGUAUAAACUGAAUUCUGUGAAAGGUGCUCACGAGCAUGGUGACAUACCACCUUGCACGUACAUAACACGGAGGUCAAUGAGAACGCGGAUGAGUUUGAAGGAGACCUCUGACAUAAAGCUUGAACCAAAUACAUUGGAUAGCUAUAAGAAUAACUUGACGAGAACACGAUCGGACAUUUUAGAGCAACAGUCUCAUGCAACGGAUGAAAACAGCCUGGCUCAUGGAACGUCACAUAAAGGGGAGGCCAGGUGUCAGAAAAAUGACGCAGGCACGUCAAAAAAGAAGUCUCGACAAGGAAAACUAGUGAAACCACCUGCAAAAUUAGAUGAAACAGAUAAUACGCACAAUACACCUGUAAAAGAUGAAGUACCGGACUUGAUCAGUUCUCACUCGGAAAAUGGGGAGAGGAAUAAUGUGGUAGAUGUACCUGUUAGCUAUCAAGACUGUAUCUCUGGAUCUGGUAGCUGUUCUGUUGUAACAUCUGACAGUUUCAAAGCAAAGGACACCUUCAGAACUGCAAAAACUAAAAAGAAAAGACGAAUCACGAGGUAUGAUGCACAACUAAUCCUUGAAAAUAGCUCUGGGAUCCCUAAACUGACUCUUCGUAGGCGCCACGAUAGCAGUAGCAAGGCAAAUGACCAAGAAUCUGAUGGAAUGAAUUCUUCAAAAAUAAGCAUCAAACUAAGUAAAGACCACGAAAAGGAUAAUAAUUUAUAUGUAGCAAAGCUAAAUAAUGGGUUUAACUCAGGAUCAGGCAAUAGUUCAACAAAACUAAAAAUACAGUUAAAACGAGAGGAAGAAAAUAGAGGGACGUACUCUGAGGACCUUCAUGAAAAUGGUGUGUGUUGUAGUGAAACUCUCUCCCUUUUGGAGUCAAGAAUGGAAGUAGAUGAUUAUGCUCAGUAUGAGGAGGAAACGGCAGAUGAGUCUUCAUCAGAAGAGGAUGAUGAAGAGGAAGAUGACUAUGAUGACGAAUUUGAUGACUUUAUUCCUCUUCCUCCAGCAAAGAGACUAAGGCUCAUUGUUGGCAAGGAUUCAAUAGAUAUCGAUAUUUCUUCCAGGAGGAGGGAAGAUCAGUCUUUAAGGCUCAAUGCAUAAGCUUAUAGGUCUUAAACUGACCUGGAUGUCAUUUUUAAAAAAACAAACAAAAAAAAAAUUAAAUAAAAAAUAAAAAUAAAAAAAACAAAAACCUCACCACCAACAAAUUCCAUUUGAUUAUUCCUCAGCUGAAGAACUUUCUGAAAAACUUAGCGGCAGCACUUCUUUAUUGUUUGUUCACCUAUCAACAUAAUAUUGUAGAAAGUGUACAGCAUACUGACUCUUCUUAAGUUCGAUUUGUGCAGAUUUUUAUUGUACUUUUUAAUAGCCUUCUUAUGUGCAAUUCUGAGGUAGAGGUAAUGCUCUGUUGUAAAAUAAAGGCUCAAGCAAAGUUAUGAAGUUGCAUCAAAUCUUUCCAUGCAGGACAAUGAGAAUACAGUGUGGCUACACAAUUAUUUUUGAUCUGCGAGAGCCUCGGUUUGCUCUUGCGGUAUUUGACUAAACAAUUAAAUGAUUAAAAAUAAAUCAUAGUAGCAGCAUAUUUAAGGUUUUCUAGUCUAUGUUAAUAUCACCAGCAAUGAACUACAGCUUUUCGAUUUCUUUGCUAGAUGUUUUUUUGUUUUGUUUUUUUUUUCCCCUUGGAGUUUGUCGGUUUUAACACUGUAUGCUGUCCCAGACGUUACUGUUUGUGGCCUUUGUUAUAGUAGCAAACGGUUGGUUGGAAGUCAAAUUGAUUUCUUAAGAAAAAAAAAAAAUUUAAAAAAAAAAGAAAAAAAAAAGGUGUUGACAAUUUGCUGACUUUUUAGUACAUUAUAUGUACAAGGGUAGCAGUAUGCAGAAUAAAAGUUUGGAUAUGGUGUAUUUAUUGCUUGUUAUGUAAAUUAAACACCUUGUAUUUAACACUUUUCAAUACUUUUAGAUAAAAUUGUUCUUUGCAAGAAUGAUUGGUGCUUAUUUUUUCAAGAAUUUGCUGUGAAAUAAUGUGACUACAACGGGCAACGUUUAUCCAUUGAACUGCAGCUAUCCUGAAUUGGUUCUUCAUAUUUUUUCUGUUGCACUUGUAAAAUGCUACAAGGAAUUUAAAGAAAGAAAAAUCUAUUCACUUUAACUUAUGAUAGUUUUAUGAAAUUAAAAAACAACUAAGUCACAGCUUUUGUUCUGUGGUAACCUAUAAAAUGUUUGUCUUUUAAGAACCAGUUGUAAAAAACUGAAAAAAAAGUAUGUAUAUGUUGUAAAUAUUUGUGUGUUGUGCGAAAUUUUGUCAUAAGAAAUUGAGAUAACUUGCCAGAAGGGUUUUUAAGUUUAGAAAUACAUCCAUGCCAAUAAAAUAGGAAAUUGUAAACCUA